UCUUGAGAUAGUUUCGCGCGGCGGAAAGCUGUAUACCCAAUCUCAAAUGUUGUAUGAAGGGGGAAAUGUCAAUCUAUGACGUUAUCACGACUGAAAUGAACGCACAAAUUCACAUUAGUGAAAUGAGAAAGAUUUAAUUUAUCUUUUCUUUCAUGAAAUAAAGAUAUCGUGACAGUUAUGAACGAGUCGUUUCCCGUACUCGGAAGCCAUUUCGAAGAACAACAGGAUAUUUCAACGCUGUCUAAAUCGUCGCAAGCUAGAAACGACUUUCUCUCAGACGUGAACAGCUUAGGUGACGAAAAUGUUCUUCACAGGAGGUCAGGGAACUUAUCACCAGGUGGAACCAGGAGGUAUGGCAUGACAGAUUUUGGUGAUUUAGCUGAAGAGGAGACUGAUUUUCUCGAACAAUUUGAUCCACUUCUCUCUUCUCGAAGUGUAAGCUCAAGUUUGACGGACGAAGAGAAGUCAAGUAACACCAAGCAAUCCAUCGAAAGAUUGGACUCACGAGACAAAAUGGAAUUAGAUCGGGGUUCUGGACUAAUUUCAGGCCAUUUCAAUGAAACAGAACUGACAAGUUCAACAGUUGAUAGUUCAGAAGGUAUCUCUCAAAGACGGCUCAAUCAUGAUGCAAGUAGUACGACUUUGGAGGGUACCAGCACUAGUAAACGCUAUGAAAAUGCUGCAGUGAAGAAUGAUAGCAAUGCAUCAGCAGUGAAACUUACAGGUUCAAUUCAUCAAGGUUUGAGUGCACUGAAUGACAACUUCAGUGAUAUUGCUCGGCAUCAAAUACUAUCAGUAGCCGGGGAUGAUAAAAGUGGCAGGCCUGUGAUUGUUUUCUCUGCAUGCAGAAUGCCACCAAUAUCCUCCAUUGAUCACACCAGGAUGUUCAGUUACUUGUCAGGUACUUUGGAUCAGUAUGUGGAGAAUGACUACACUAUUGUCUACUUCCACUAUGGGUUGACGAGCAAGAAUAAGCCAGCAAUGUCAAAAGUGAUACAGCUUUACCGUGACCUGGACAGAAAGUACCGCAAGAACAUUAAAGCUCUUUUUGUAGUGCACCCAUCCAGCACUAUCAAGCUAAUAUGGGCAACUAUUGCCAAAAUUGCCAGUCCCAAGUUUUCAAGGAAGCUGCUCUAUGUAACUCGGCUCGAAGAUCUUGCAGAAUAUGUUCAUCUUGAUCAGAUAGAUGUCCCAAUGGAGGUCAUUGAGCAUGAUAAACAGAUUUCUAGCCAAGUGAGAUCUAGUUCCUCAAAACAGCCAUCAGGAGUGUUUUAUGCAACUCCUGAUGAACUUCCUAAAACUCAGCAGUUUGGUGUUUCUUUGUCAUGGAUGAGAGAAAACAACAAUGGUGAGUGUAUCCCACCUGUUGUGUCUACAUCAGUGGAAUUUUUAAGAGAAAAUGCACUUGAGGUUGAGGGUCUUUUCCGACGGUCUGGCAAUGUAACAACUGUGAAAGAUAUCACUCAAAUGUUCAACAAAGGUUUAUCAGUGUACUACAAAAACCCAGAAGACAUUCACUGUGCAGCAGUUAUUUUGAAGAGAUUCUUAAGGGAACUUCCAGAGCCAAUUCUAACCUUUAAACUUUAUGAUACCGUAAUUCAAAGCACCAUGAUUCCUGACGAAACGGAGAAAUUAAAGCAGAUGUGGUGCAUCUUACACCAUGAGCUGCCAGAAGAGAACUAUGUUUUGUUAAAAUUUCUCAUGCAGUUUUUAAAUGAGGUACAAAAACAUUCUAAUGUCAAUAAAAUGACAGCAAAGAACUUGGCUAUUGUGUUUGGGCCAAACUUGGUGUGGUCCAAAUCUCAGGCUGCUUCUCUUGAUGCCAUGGCACAGAUAAACUCAUUCUCUCUUCUCAUGCUGGAAAACGUUAGUUAUUUGUUUGAAACUAGCUGAUUUCAGAAUGUACAUUAUUCCUGUCAGAUAUGGAAAUUUAUCAGGUAAUUAAGUGUCUAUACAGAGUGUAGUAGCAUUAACUAUCAGUUGGAGACCUAUUGUUUAGUCAGGAGCAUCAAGUUUUUGGACAUUUGUAGAAGUAUUGGAUUGUUCUCAAAGGACCAGAUGCCAAUGGGCCUAACCUCAAAGAAGCUGUUUGACAGGAACCAGGUUGCACCAAUGCUACCACAAAUUAAAACCCUAGAGCAAUGUUUUCACAUGUUUUUUCCUAGCUUGCAUUCAAACAUGUCAGAGAUGAACCAUAAAUCAUUCAAGAUGUAAAUGCUUUUAAGUGACACCACUUUUGUGUGGACAUAAUCAUAUAUAAUGACAGUGAAAUGAUAGUAAUGUCAUUGAACAAAGGAAGAUCACCAGUACUUUUUUCAAAAGACAGAACUGGGUAUACAAAUGCCUUCUAAAGACAUUUAUGUCCAGAAAUGCACGCAGUAAUGAGAAUGGCAGAUUUGAUGAAAUUCUUCCAAACCAAGUGAACAUUCAUGCAUUUUACAAUUUUAGCAAAUUUUAGUUCAAUUUGUCAAAGUGAAAUCUGCAGCUUGGUGAAAUUGAGGAUUUUGAUGUUAGUCAAAAUCAGCUUGCUGUCUUUGACAAUUUUGAUGAAAUUUUGUCAGAUUUGCCAUUUUCGUCUCUAUAAUAAUCAUAAUCAUAUAAUUUAUUUCCAUCCUAAUUUACUUACCAGAAAAUAUAAUUGAAAAAAA